AUGGCCAUCAUCUUACAAAUGAUGCAACUGAGACCUACAGGGGGGAGUGGGCUCUCUAAAGUCAGACAGCAGGAAGAACUGAACAGAUUGCAGAAUCCUCUAGAACAAGUUAAUGAUGGAAAAUAUUUAUUUGAAAAUCAUCAGCUGGCCAUGGAUGUGGAGAAUAAUAUUGAAAAAUAUCCCCUCAAUCUACAGCCCUUGGAGUCAAAGGUGAAAAUCAUUCAGCGGGCAUGGCGUGAGUACCUGCAGCGGCAGGACCCCCUGGAGAAGAGGAGCCCAUCCCCACCCUCCGUCUCAGAAAAGCUGAGCAGCUCCGUUUCCAUGAACACCUUUUCUGACAGCAGCACACCGUUUGCUAAGGCCCCUUUGGGGAAGAUUUACCCUUAUAUCUCUCAGGAGUUGCAGCAACCUGGGGACAAGCUGCCCAAUGAAAUGAAGGUGAUUCUACUCCACCUUGGCCAGCCUUCCAGACCCACUGGUUUCAAUACUCUCAGGGAGCCCCAGGCAGGAAGAUCUGGUUUUCUUAACCUCCAAUGA